GCGAGGGCCCGCAGCGCUGCCCGGAGGUGUGGGAAGGCAGCCAAGCCUUGCGGCUCGGUAGCCAGGUGCCCUCUGCCCGGGAUCACCUGCCAAGGCUGGCCCAUCCCCGCUCGGGUUGGUCGCGCAGGGCCCGGGCCCGCGGCCGGUCCGGCCCCGCUCCGCUCCGCAGCGCCGUUUCCGGGCCCGCGGGCAGGUGAGGCGGCGGCGGGCGGAGCGGAGCGGCCGCAAUGAGGCUGCUGCUGCUGGCGUGUCUGCGGGCACAGACCGGCAACGCCACCACGGCCGCCAGGAUCCGGAAUCAUCUCCACGCUGCAGGUCACAUCUGUGUUCUUGAAGAUGCUUUCAUGUACGAGAGUCCAGCUGCCAUAGCAAACCUGACCUCCACAGCCAAGUUUGAUGCAGCCCUGGCCAUUCACCUCUACAAAGCAGGCAGGCUGCUGCAAGGGAGCAGAAUUCCUUUUGGAAUCAUCUUUGGUGGGACAGAUGUCAAUGAAGAUAUCAAAUGUAAGGAGAAACGCCAGGUAAUGGGAGCAGUGCUGGAGAGAGCCAGGUUCGCAGUGGCUUUCACGGUGGAGAUGAAGGAGCUGGCAGCGGCACAGUGGCCAGAUGCUAGGAAGAAAAUUUAUGUCCAAAGUCAAGGAAUUAAAACUGCACCCAGUGAAACAUUUGACUGGCACAGAUUCCUACAAAAUGCAGGCAUUGCUGCAGGCCCGGGCAGGGUCCAUCUGUUCCUCCUGGUCUGUGGGCUCCGCAGAGUCAAGGACCCUCUGUAUUUGGUGGAAGCUUUCUCAGACUGGCACAGGAAGGAUCCCAGUGUCCAUCUGGGCAUUAUUGGACCUGCAGUUGAUCCAGUUUUCACCAGUGAAGUCCAGGAGAGAGUCAAAAGGGCUGCUUUCCCUGUGGCUGCCUCAGCAGCUCUCUGCUCUCGCAGGGCCCCCGGGGUGCAUGUGCUGCAGGAGCUGCCCCAGCAGGAGCUGCACGCUGCUCUCAGGAGCUGCCUGGCCCUGGUCAACAGCUCCAUCUCCGAGGGCAUGUCUGCUGCCAUCCUGGAGGCAAUGGAUUUAGAAAUUCCAGUGCUGGCCAGGAACAUUCCUGGGAAUGCAGCAAUAAUAAAGCACAAGGAGACAGGACUGCUCUUUUCAACUCCCCAGGAGUUUGUUGCACUGUCCAAGAGUUUAAUGAGCGACCCCGUUCUGGAAAAGGAAAUUGUAACCAGGGCCAAAGACUACGUGGAGAAGCAUCAUUCCUGGGAAGGGGAAAGGAAAACCUACCAGAACCUUGUGCAGAGACUGCAGUGACUGGGCAGGCUCCAGCAGAGCACCUUAACAGUGGAAAUGUGAUUGGGUUUGGGUUUCUCUUGGGGUCUUUCUAGAAAAAUACUCAGACUUUGCUAUUCUGUUUGAUCAACCCCCAGCCACAGGGCUGAGCCCAGAGCAGGCUCAGUUUGGGGGCAGCAGAGGAGGCAGCCCUGGGGCAGGGGCCGGGUGUUUGCUGCUCUGAGCUCCCAGGGCAGGGCACUGCUGGCACACAGAGCUCACAGGGACCCUGCUGCACCCUGGCAGCCCCGUGGGCACAGCCAGGAGUGUGCACAUCAGGCACUGUUCAAUGUGCUGCCUCCCAGCCCCUGUGAGCCCCACGGGCACAGCCAGGAGUGUGCACAUCAGGGAAUGUUCAAUGUGCUGCCUCCCAGCCCCUGUGAGCCCCACGGGCACAGCCAGGAGUGUGCACAUCAGGGAAUGUUCAAUGUGCUGCCUCCCAGCCCCUGUGAGCCCUCUGGGCACAGC